AUGAUUGACCUCUUCCGUGGUAUCCUUUUCUUGUCGGUCGUUGUAGCUUCACAAGUAUAUGGCGCGAACUUAACCUCUUUCGUGAAUCUUUUCAUUGGAACAUCAACUGCUGCAAACGGCGGGAGUGGGGGUAAUGCCUUUCCAGGCUCGGCAGUCCCCCAUGCGAUGGCUAAGGUUGGAAUCGACGUCAGUACCACCCCCCGGCAAGCGGGAUAUAUCGCAGAUAAUUCAUCAAUCACGGGCAUAUCACUGAUGCAUGAUGAAGGCACCGGUGGGAAUACUGCAGGAGGCUACGGCAUAUUUCCUCUCUUUCCCUUGACCAACUGCUCGUUUUCCGAAUGUCCGGUCAGGAUUGGGGCUCGGGCUGCUUUACGUGCUGCGGGAGCUGAUGCUGCCUCCCCUGGUUACUUCACCACGACGUUUGUGAACGGCAUUCAGUUGGAGACGACGUCCACGCGAAGAGCCGGGUUGAUCAGAUUUACUUACCCAGAGGGCAACAACGUCAACCACGUCGUAGUCGAUCUGACAAAUGAUUUGCAGCGGUCGUUUGAAGGUGGCGGUCUUUCCAUAGCCGACGGAAGAGUCACUUUGUACGGAACCUUCCUUCAGAGUUAUGGACCUGACAAUUAUACAGCUUAUGCGUGUUACGACUUCUCCUCCGAGUUUGCAAAUCAGAGCUUGAUUGCAUUCGGGAUAUACGAAUCUGCUUCAUCCAGUGAUGCCAACGAUAUCGUGAUCACGCCUAACUCAAGCACCGUCAGCUUUCCAUUCCAAUCUUCUGUCUAUACAAAUCAGGCAGGUGCCUUAUUAUCUUUUAGUUCAUCCACUGUCACUGCACGUUUCGGCAUAUCCAUGAUCAGCACUGGCCAGGCAUGCGCAAACGCGGAUGAGGAAGUUCCCACUUGGAAUUGGGAUGCCAUUCAAGCAGCAUCAGUUUCGAAAUGGGAAGACGUGUUAUCGCAUGUCCAGAUUGAUCCUGAAGUCGAAGAUCCUAAUGUCGUAGAACUCUUGUAUUCGUCGGCAAGCCUUAAAGAAGAUGAGACAUCUCUCAUUCCUGCGAAUCUCACCGACGAGAAUCCAUAUUGGGAUUCUCCCUAUCCUUUCUACGAUGCUCUGUUCUGUUCAUGGGACACUUUCCGGACUGCACACCCGUUGCACUCAAUUAUUAAUCCUCGUGCAUGGGCUGAUAUCGUCAGCGCAUAUGUAGACGGCUGGCGUAACACGGGUAAUCAAACUGAUGCGAGAAUAGGAUAUAUACCCGAAUGUCGUGCUAACACGAAGGCCGGGUACGUUCAAGGUGGAAGCGACGGCAUGCCAAUCCUAGGAGAUUUUGCAGUCAAAUACAGAUCUCGCGCUGGAGAUCUAGGCGUGUCCACAGAUGACCUAUACCAAGCUUUGGUGGACACUGCAGAGAACACGCCGCCAAACUGGUAUCUAGUCGGGCGACAGAACACGGCUUGGAAACAAUUUGGUUACAUCCCUACUGACUGGACGGAUCCAUCAGGGUCCACAGGUCUGCCUACUCGGGAGGCAUCUAGGGCUUUAGAGUAUGCCCUUGGAGACUUCGCUGUCCGUCAGGCCGGCCUUGCUCUAAGAAAGUCUUCGGCUGACAUAGCUACCUACACGAACCGCUCUAUGAAUUUUGUGAAUAUGUGGGACGCUAACCUUACAUAUGAUGGAUUUACCGGCUUCAUGCAAAGACGAUAUCCUAACGGAACAUUCGCCUUCAGUCCACCGGAUGCAUGUUCUCCCGUAGAUCCCGUAUCGCAUUCUUGUGCUCGAGGCACAGACAAUGAUGUUGGAUUCUACGAAUCAUCGUCUUGGGAGUACAGCUUCUUUGCUCCUCACUCUGUAGCGACUCUUGUGGAUCUGAUGGGAGGGAAUGAUACGUUCGUUGAUAGAGUCGACCACUAUUUCUCCACCGGGUACUUUUUUGCAGGGAACGAGCCCUCAUUCGCCAUGCCUUGGAUAUAUCACUACGCCGACCGUCCUGAUCUGAGUGUUCUUCGGGUACGUCAAGUCAUCUAUGAAAACUUCAAUACCGAAAUCUCAGGAAUCCCAGGCAACGAUGACUCUGGUGCAAUGGCAUCCUUACUGGUAUUCCAUAUUCUUGGUCUUUACCCAGUCUUGUCUUCGACACAGAUGCUUAUCGGAUCUCCUCUCCUCUCCUCGUUCAUAUUGUGCAAUGAUGCCUUUGGAACGAGUACAAAGUUUGUGGUGAACAAUUUUGACAGCACGUCCCUCAGUGCGGCGCCGCCUGAUGGGAGCAAGAUGUACGUGAAAAGUGUAACUAUCAAUGGGGUACAGAGUUCAAGCAUUUGCGUCAUUGAUUGGUACGAUGUAGUUGGGGGAGGUGAGAUUGUUUUGGAGGUUGAUUCUGAUGCAGACGCUGCGAGGGAGAGAGGUUGUGGCGAGGCGGGGCUUCCGGACUCCUUGGGGACGGGCGGAUUUUCUUGA